CAAACACAAACACAAACCCAAGCAUUUCUCUUGGAAGCAGCAUCAGUGCAGUAAUGAACCACUUCUUCCACACCAACAGGCCAACACGCAAGCCAUGGCUCACCAGAAGACCCUCUCGCAGAUCCUCUCUCCUCACCCUCCUCUUCUCCCUCCUCUUCCUCCUCUCCUACUACUUCCUCACCUCACCUUCGCUCUCUCCCGUCUCACCACUCAACAAAACCUCGAAUUCCCAAUUCCCCCAAUGCAUUUCCUCUCGAGGGGAAAAAUUCCUCUGGUACGCGCCCCACAGUGGGUUCAGCAACCAGCUCUCUGAGUUCAAGAAUGCGAUCUUGAUGGCCGCGAUUCUCAACCGCACUUUGAUUGUCCCUCCGGUUCUGGAUCACCACGCCGUCGCUCUCGGGAGCUGCCCGAAGUUUAGGGUUUCAGAUCCGAAUGAGAUUCGGGCUGCGGUUUGGGACCAUGUCGUUGAGCUCCUUAGGACUGGCAGGUAUGUCUCCAUGGCUGACAUUAUUGAUAUUUCGUUGCUAGUGUCUUCAUCUGUUGUUCGAGCCAUAGACUUCAGGGGUUUUGCAUCCCUAUGGUGCGGAAUUAAAGAUUUUGUUUGCAUCAACAAAUCAAAUGAGCAGUCGGCUCUGUUUGAUAGGCUAAAGCAAUGUGGAUCCCUACUAUUUGGGCGAAUUGGUAAUGUGGAUAAAUGUACAUAUGCAAUUAGUGAAGAUUGCCGGACUACAGUUUGGACAUACCAAAAUGAUGAGAAGGAUGGUGUAUUAGAUUCGUUCCAACCUGAUGAACAGGUCAAGAAGAAGAAGAAGAUUUCAUAUGUUAGGAGACGAAGAGAUGUAUAUAAGACUCUUGGACCCGGUUCUGAAGCUGAAUCGGUCAGUCUACUGGCAUUUGGAAGCCUUUUCACGUCUCCAUACAGAGAUUCGGAGCUAUACAUUGACAUUCAUGAAGCUCCAAGGGAUCAAAGGAUACAGUCUUUGAUUGAGAAGAUUGAAUUUCUUCCAUUUGUCCCUGAAAUUACGAGUGCAGGAAAGGAGUUUGCUGAUAAGAACAUAAAGGCACCUUUUCUUUGUGCACAGCUCAGAUUGUUGGAUGGGCAGUUCAAGAAUCAUUGGAAAGCUACUUUCCGGAGUUUAAAAGAGAAAGUAGAAUCUUUAAGACAGAGUCCGCACCCUCUUCAUAUUUUUGUGAUGACUGACCUUCCUGAAGGUAAUUGGACUGGAAGUUAUUUGGGGGAUUUGAGUAGAGAUUCAAAUCAGUUUAAGCUGCAUUUUCUGAGAGAAGAAGACGAGUUAGUGAUCAAAACGGCCAGAAAAGUUGUGGCUGCUGGUCAUGGCCUGAGGUUUGGCUUUGUUCCAGAGAGUCUUGGAAUGGGUGGAUUGAAAAAACAUUGCCCUUCUGAGAGAUUGCCUGAUGUACUUCUAUACAUAGAGGAAGCUGUUUGCAGCUGCGCUUCACUUGGUUUUGUUGGGACUGCAGGGUCAACUAUUGCUGAGAGUGUAGAGCUGAUGAGAAAAUUUGGCACAUGUACGAGGCGAAGUCUGAUUGCAUUGUGAAUAAAAAGUGAAAACUAACUCAUUUUUCAACGAGUUAGUUUAUGAGAUCAAAUUUGUCUGGCCAAGGGUUGUGGAAAUGAGAAAUGCUAGACACACACUUCCACUCAUACUCUCAAGUAUAUACUCUCUUACGUCCAUUGGAUUUAAAAUUCAACAGUGAUCUAUUCAAAGUUUAAUGGUGAUUUUCAUUGUUACGUCAUGAGUGUUGGAAUGAGAGUGUUGGAAUGAGAGUGUGUGUGGCAUUUCUUUGGGGAAAAUAUGCUGUCUGCCAGAAAUGGGUUCUUUUAAUACGUAUGUUUCACUUCAGCAUCUUACUUAUCAAAAAAAAAAUAAUGUUUCACUUCA